AUGUUCUCCCGCUCCUCCUUAACCGCACUGAGCAGAAGCUGCCGCUAUCUCCGCUCUCCGUCCACUUUCAGCCCCAGCCGCGCGACGUCGCUUUCCCUUCCCUACACAUCCACCCAACGGGCCUCGUUCUCCCUAUCCGCGCGCUACGCUUUCGACGCCAUGGCUGAUACGUCUGGGAUUACGGCCGACUCGCUGAAGAAUAAGCUUAUUGAGACGCUUCAGGCGCAGCACGUUGAGGUUGAAGAUUUGUCUGGCGGCUGCGGACAGGCUUUCCAGGCUGUCAUCGUCUCCCCCCAGUUCGAGAGCAAGACUAUGCUUGCGCGACACCGUCUCGUUAACGCUGCGCUUAAGGAGGAGAUUGCUGCUAUCCAUGCUUGGACUCCUAAGUGCUAUACCCCCGAGCAGUGGCAGGCUCUUGCGCAGUAA